UGACAAGGAGUAAUUGUAUAAUCAUCCUGAUUAUUGUUGGGCUUGUCAAGAAGAGCUGUAGAGAAUGAAACACGGGUGUGAAACAGACUUGUUGAGCACUGUGGUUUACAAAAUGUUAAAAUAUGCCACUGCGGUCUCAGGAAAUGUCGCUUCAGGCCCACUAAUUACAUCUUUGAGGCAUCAGAUAUACGACGGUGACCAUGUUACACCAUGAAACUCACGUGUCGUCAAUGAAGUUUUUAAGUGACUCACACUGACUCUCCAAAGAUGUUUUAUUUAUUUAUUUAUGGAUUUAGUCAUUUUUCGGGGACAUUUGGUGCUAGCGAGUCUGAAUUGCAGUCGCAGUGGGAGGUCUGCCGUAUUUGUAUGAAUGCAUUUCUCCUUCGGGAAGUGAGAUGCCUUUUAAAAAUGUAAAUCACAGGCUGAUGAGGAAUCAGACGAGAGUCACAGAAGAGUCAGGAAGCACUGCAGAGCUGAAAGUCUUCACAGGGACUUGAGCACGGACCCCCACUGGGACCUGCAUAUGGACAAGUCAACUGGCUCCCAGUAAAAUCAAGAAUCACUUUUAAAAUUCUUCUCUUAACCUACAAAGCCUUGAUUGGUGAUGCUCCAUCAUAUCUUAAGGAGCUUGUAGUACCAUAUUGCCCCACUAGAGAGCUGUGCUCACUAAAUGCGGGACUACUUGUAGUUCCUAGAGUCUUAAAAAGUAGAAUGGGAGCCAGAGCCUUUAGUUAUCAAGCUCCUCUUUUAUGGAACCAGCUUCCAAUUUCAGUCCGGGAGGCAGACACAGUCACCUCGUUUAAGAGUAGACUUAAGACCUUCCUUUUUGACAGAGCUUAUAGUUAGGGCUGAAUCAGGUUUGCCCUGGUCCAGCCCCUUGAUAUGCUGCUAUAGGCUUAUAGCUGCCGGGGGACGUUUUAGGAUGCACUGAGUACCUAUCUCCUCUUUUUUCUCUCCUUAAGGAUGAAUGUUCAUCUCUCAAUCACAUGUUACUAACUCUGCUUUCUCCCCGGAGUCCUUUUGACUUCACGUCUCAUGGGGUCAUCGGACCCUAUGAGACGGCAUAGAUCCUAUCUGCCUGAUGGAUCGUCUGGGUCGUGGAAUUCCUGCUCAUGACUGCGCCACUGUCCUGUUGAGACUCCGCCCACUGUUGAGACUCCGCCCUCCUCCUCCCCACCGCCAUCUGCCUGAUGGAUCGUGGAGGUCUCCAUCGUGGAAUAUGCCUACUAUGAACUAUUCAUACACUCUGUCAUAUUCAUUGAAUCCGUCCAACGGAGAGAAGGAGACCAGGGAAGGUUGGGUGAAGAUCGACACCAUCGCGGCCGAUAAGAGUUUCUCCAAGGUGGAGCCCAGUUCACCUCACCAGUACCAGCCCAACAGAAUCAGCCGAAUCAACAUCAAGACACGCAGCUUUGCGCCGCUCACACGCAACGGAUUCGUCCUGGCGGUCGUCGACAGUGGAGCUUGUGUGUCCCUCAUGGGUGUGUCCGUCUUCUAUCGCCGCUGUCCAGCCACCAGCGUGUACUUGGCGUCCUACCCGGCAACUCCCUCCGGGGCAGAGCCGACUGCCUUAGUUCCCCUGAGCGGGACAUGUGUCCCCCACAGUAAAGCGCAGGGAGGCACGCCCCCUCGGAUGCACUGCAAUGCUGAAGGCGAAUGGAUGGUUCCUGUGGGCGGAUGCGUCUGUGAUGAAGGCUUUGAGCAGAACCUCAAUGGAUCGGCCUGCUUGGCUUGUCCGGUGGGCUACUUCAAGUCCCUCGCGGGCUCCAUCCCCUGCUCCGUGUGUCCCUCCAACAGCAGAACCAGCCAAGAGGGCUCGAGUGUGUGUGAAUGUCGCAGCGGAUUCUACCGGACAGCCAGUGAUGCCAACUCUUCUGCCUGCACAACUCCUCCAUCUGCUCCGGUCUCUCUGUCCUGGGAGUAUGAGAGCGCCGAUGGUGGAGUGUCCUUAAGGUGGCGCCCUCCAGUGGACAUGGGAGGCCGCGGUGAAGUGUGGUACGGAGUGGUGUGUCGCAUCUGCCCCUCAGCCACCUUCACCAACCCAGCGGCGUGCUCCUGGUGUGGAGAGGGUGUCACCUUCAGCCCCUCCCAGACGAACCUGAAACAAACCAAGGUUACCCUCAACAAUCUGCUGACCAGAGUCACGUACCUCAUACAGGUGCAAGCCAUGAAUGAGGUGUCAGCUCUGAGUCCUUUUCCAGCUCGAUACACAAGCAUCAAUUUCACUACGAGCCAGUCAGUUCCCAGCACAGUUCCCAUGAUGCACCAGCUGAGCCGAGCCCCAGACUCCAUCACUCUCUCGUGGCCUCAGCCGGACCGGCCCAACGGAGACAUCAUGGAGUACCAGCUGAGAUACUAUGACAAGGGUUCAGAUGUGGACACAGCAGCGAGCGUGUACAGUGAGACCAACACGGCGACCAUCAACUCUCUGAUCCCCGGGUCCAUCUACGCCUUCCAGAUCCGAGCUCGAAACGAGCGUGGCUUCGGCCCCUACAGCAGCACCAUCUACUUCACCACGCUGCCUCUGGAGGAACAUUCUCUGCAGAUCCAGAAUCGACUUCCUCUGCUCGUUGGCUCCGUGAUGGGUGGAGCAGCAUUUCUGCUGGUGGUGGCAGCGAUUGUGGUGGUGGUGGUAUUUCGCAGAAAGAGGAGAGAGAGUCCUUACAGCGACCGACUCCAGAAGUACAUCAGUAACCGAGGUGGCGUUAAGUAUUACGUGGACCCGUCCACCUACGAUGACCCCAGUGAGGCCGUCAAAGAGUUCGCCCUUGAGAUCGACCCCACUCAUCUGAAGAUCGAGGACGUGAUUGGUGCAGCCCAGUUUGGGGAGGUUUCUCGGGGCCGCUACCGUCCGCUGGGUCGCAGGGAGGUGCUGGUGGCGGUGAAGUCUAUACGCUGGGGGGCAUCCGACAGAGAGAGGGGGCUGUUCCUCAAUGAGGCAGGGGUCAUGGGACAGUUUGACCACCCCAAUGUACUAAAGUUGGAGGGUGUGAUCACUCAUACCGCCCCAGAGAGGAUCGUCACUGAGUUCAUGGAGAACGGGCCUCUGGACUCCUUCCUCAAGGAGAACGAGGGCCAGUUCAGCGUCCUCCAGCUUAUCGGGAUGCUCAGAGGAGUCGGUGCGGGGAUGCGUUACCUCGCUGAGAGAAACUUUGUCCACCGGGACCUGGCUGCACGGAACGUGUUGGUCAACUCCAACCUGGUCUGUAAGGUGUCUGACUUCGGCCUGUCCCGACUCAUGAGGGGCCUGGACCACAACAUACCCACAUACACUGCCUCGUUGGGCAGUAAGAUUCCUGUCCGGUGGACGGCCCCAGAAUCCUUUCAGCAUCGAAAGUUCAGCUCAGCGAGUGACGCCUGGAGCUUCGGCAUACUGAUGUGGGAAGUGAUGUCUUAUGGGGAGCGUCCAUACUGGGACAUGAGCAAUCAAGAAGUGAUGAAGGCGGUAGCAGACCAGUACCGCCUCCCCGCCCCCCCCAACUGCCCCUCCGCCCUCCACUCUCUGAUGCUGCAGUGCUGGCAGGUGGAUCGCGGGGACCGGCCAGGCUUCGACUCGCUCCUCUCCUCCUUGGACCGGCUCAUCAGGCACCCUGCCUCCCUCAAGGCGGAGCCAACUCGAAGCUGCUCUCAGCCGCUGCUCAGCCCCACGCCCACAGACCUAACGGCAGUGUCCACGGUCAGUGAUUGGCUGAAGGCUCUGAGGAUGGAGAGAUAUCAGGAUGAGUUUGAUCAGGCAAACCUGGACACGUUGGACAGAGUCAGCCGGCUCAGCAUGGAUGAUGUCCAGAAGCUCGGGGUGACGCUGCUGGGACACCAGAGGAAGAUCGUCAGUGCUGCCCAGCAGCUCCGAGCCUAUCUGACGCAGGGGCAGGUGGAGGUGUGAACUUCACCUCCAGUCCAACCUGAGCCACAGAUCUCUGUGGUUUUCACAUUCCUCUGCGUGUUGAGUCUGGUUUCACUCGUUUUUGAUGGAGCACAUUUAAGCCAAAACAAAAAGAGAAUCAUCUUUUGUUUGAGGAGAAGCAUCGCGUGCCGCUCCGUCUCCUCUUCUAUACACCGACAACCAGACGACCGGACUUCCUGACAGUCAAUCGCGACAAAUAACAGGAGAGAUGCACUCUGGGAGCUGCAGUCCAGGACAACGUCAGGUUUGGGAGUUGCUGAGGAGGAGAAGGAGGACUUUAAAGACUCCUCGUUGUUUUCCACUAUAUUUCACUUUAUUGAUAUCUGCAACCCUACCUCUCACCUUCUCUUCCUCUACUGUCCCGCCAUGACACUUUUCAAUGUCCCCGCCCUUAUUGAGUACAAAAACUAUUUCAAUCUUUUUUGUUGGCGUACUUACGGAGAUCCCUCCACACAAAGAAUUGCGACAAGACAAUCAAAGCCUUUUUCUAAUAUUUUGUAGUUGUUUGUAAAAUUGUGUCACUUCGUCUCUACUUCAAAUGCCAAACGCUAAAAAUUGUUAGCACAAAAGAAAACAGUGUCGUGGCCAGCAGCCGAUGGUUUGCCUGUAAGGUCUCACCAUCUGUUCCUAGAACAAUGUACAGUCAGUUCAAUUGUUCCAGCUAAAUGCCAUAAACCACCAGAAUCAGUCCUGAAAACCUCGAGGUUAGAUGUGGAUCACUGCCAUAGAGUGGUGAAACACACAAAUAAAUAAUGUUAAACACUGCAGGCCAUGUUUUUCUCCCUAAAAUACAUAUUCAGGGUUGGUUUGAGAUCCCGUUUUGGACAAUUCCCACUCUCACGACAUCAGAGCUCACGGACUGUAAUACGACAACCUUCACCUCAGCUGCAAAGACAAUCGUUCAUCUGAGACGACGACGGAAAAGAACUGCACCACCUGUAUGUGUACAUUUCACACUUCACCUCUUUUUUUGUUGGAUUUCUAGGUUAAAGUCACUGAAGUCAUUGAAACUUUGUGAAUGUGUGAAAUGGGGAAGACGGACUAAAUCGGAUCUGAUUUACACUUGAAGGAAGGAGGCAAAAUGCUUUGUGUGUGUGUGUGUGUGUGUGUGCGCGCGCAUGUGUGUGUUUGCUGUAAAUUAGGCUGUGUGUGUGUGCUUGUGAGGGAGAGAGAAGUGUGUCAGGCUACACACAUUAUUUGCUGUGUUUACAGAAAGUUGUGCAAAUUUGUAAAAUAAAUGAUAUGAUUUUAUUUAAUAUUC